GGUGAUUCUUGAACUUCAGAAUUCUCUUUUCAUAAACUCAAUGUUCUCAUAUACAGACUCAAACAAGGAAUACUAUAAGACCAGAUUCUAUUUGAUUGCAGGACCAGUAGCCCAAUAAUAAUUAUUAUAAUCAGUUAUGCUCGUAAUUGUAAUACAUAUUAUCUGAUGUUAAAGGGAAACUUGCAUUGAAAAUACCAUGGCAUUCAAUUUAUACAUCACCAACUACAGUGCUGAUAGAGAAUGUGUAUCUGGUGGUUGCACCCAAUCAACAGGUGGCAUACGACCCUGUUAAAGCAGAAAAAUUGAUGCUACAGGUAAAGCAGGCUGAAUUAAGGAAGAUUGAAGAAGCUGAGAAAAUGGAGGAAGAAAAAGACCAGCCUCAGCAAGACCCUAAUCUUGCGCAACGGUUUUUGUUUGCAAUGAUAAGAAACAUACAGUUGACUAUCAAGAAUGUCCAUAUUCGAUAUGAAGACAAAGUUACCAGCCCAUCUUCCCCGUUCUCUUUUGGCUUUACUCUGGGCAAUUUGCUAGUGGAAAGUACCGAUCAGAAUUGGAAAGUUUGUUUCAUCGAUUCAAAGGAUCUUAAAGAACCUGUCUCUAGAUUUUAUAAGACUACACAAUUGGAUAGCUUAGCUAUGUACUGGAAUAGCCACUCUGAGACAUAUAGCCAUUUGCCAAUGGCUGAAAUGCAUAAGCAUCUGAGUAAAAUUGCUAAACAAAACUCGAAGCCUGACAACUACAGAUACAUUUUGGGCCCUAUGAAUCUAUCAGCAAGAAUGCGAGUGAAUUUAAACCCAGAGCGCGAUGAACCAAAGUUUAGUUACCCUAAGCUCCAUCUGAACGUAGAGAUCAGCAAAUUGUAUCUUGGCAUCACAAAGAAUCAGUAUCGGGAUCUGAUAGCAUUAACAGACUCAAUGGGCAGGAUGGCCAAAGGCGAGCCUUAUAGGAAGUAUAGGCCUAAUGUAACCAGUUACCAUGGACAUUAUGCACAAUGGUGGCGUUUUGCUUACACAUCUAUCUUGGAAGAGCAUGUUCGGAAGAAACGUCGAGAAUGGAAUUGGGAAAAUAUUCUAAAAUACAGGAAUAUGUGUAGAAAAUACAAGGAAUUGUACCAAAAAAGCAAGACGGAGAAAAACAUGAAGCCAGAAGAGAAGAAAACAUUGGAAGAUUGCGAAAAGAAGAUGAAUGUUAUAAAUAUAGUUGUAACAAGAAAACAAGUGGAGGUAGAAUUGAAAAAAAUGGCGGAAGAGGCGGGUAAACAAUCUUUCUUUAGUAGAUGGUGGGGAAGUUCUGGAAGCGAUUCAACACAUGGUGGGAAAAAGACAUCUCUUGUGAAGGAAAUCGAGGACGCAAUGACUCCAGAAGAAAAACAAAAGCUAUACAAAGCGGUUGGUGUCACCGAAGACGGAAAACAAAUUGUAAAUUAUCCUGAAACAUACAUCAGUAUUUCUUGCGCAUUUGUGCUGAAAUCGUUUGAAGUCGAAAUGAAAGAUGAAGAAACAGCAGUGAAUAGGGUGCUUUUCACUACGUUGAACACUGUCAGAUGCAAAGUAGAGAUGAGACCAUACAACUCUGGACUGAAAGUACUCGCUCAGAUAGAUGAUUUGGAAACAAUUGGCAUGAAGCAGCCAGGUGAUUUCAUACCCAAACUAAUAACGAAAUCAACAGGACAAAAAGGACUAUUGGAUGUAGUUUUUGAAAUGAAUCCCAUAGAUGAGAGUUGUGAUCAAAGAAUCGACGUUUCCACUCAGCCAUUGAAAAUUACCUACGAUGCAGAGACUAUCAACAAAGUCGUGGAGAUAUUCAAACUGCCGUCUGAUACGUCACUAGAUCAAAUCCAAAUAGCUGCUGAAAACAGAUUGAAUAAAAUGAAGGAGAUGACAACUACUGGUCUCGCACAUGCUAUUGACAAACAAAUCUGCCUUAAUGUUAACAUUGAUAUACAAGCGCCUUAUAUAAUUAUUCCUUACGGAGGAAAAUAUACUGGAUCUGAAAAUGUCUUGGUCGCUAACUUAGGUCACCUGAAAAUAUUCUCUUUUGGGAAAAGAUCUUCAACAGCAGAUCUGAAGCGAUUACAUGAAGAAGGAAAAACACAGACAGAAAUUAUGGAGCACUUGGUGAAGCAUGCCUAUGAUAACUUUAAGCUUGAAUUUAAGAAUCUGCAAAUAUUAAUGGCUCAGAGCGACGAAAAUUGGGAUGCAGCGAUCAAAAAUUCCAUGUCAACUGACAUGCAUCUGCUGAAUCCAUUGUCAAUAUCUUUCACGUACUCCAAAUGUGUGAUUUCUGACGAUCCUAAGUUACCCCAUGGAAAAGUGAAGGGGCAGUUGCCUUCCAUAGAUGUCAAGUUAUCAGAAGCUAGAAUUCUGAUGUUAUUUUCGCUCAUUUUCAGUAUCACUUGGCCUUCCAGUGAGGUUCAGUCAAAUGAAAUAGAAGCAAUUACGAAAUUUAAGAGAAGAACGUCUAGCACGAUGCUCAAUAAAUAUAAAGAAUUGCAAGAUAGGGCUAAGAAGACGCAGAACUUGAUUCAGAAACUACCAAGAUCGGCCUCCCAACAAGAAAUGAUUCAGUUUACAACAAUAGAAGCAGUUUUUGAAAUGGCAGAGAUUACAUUGAGGUUGAACAAGCAAGAAUCUGUAGCUUCAGAUGUUUCUGAGCUAGCAACUUUCAAACUAAAUUCACUGAUAUGUAGUUUGACUAUGAAGACCUUUGAGACGUCGGUAUCUCUGCAAGUGGGUAACAUAAUAAUGCAACAACCCAGAGCUGAAGACAGGGUAGUUAGAAUGAUUGAUUCGCCCAUUCCAGCAGCAAAGGAUGAAUAUUUGUUUAAAGUAGAGUUUACUCAGGUGGAUCCUGCAUCUCCAGGGCUGCACUCGGUUCACAAGUCCGUUGAAUCUUGUUUAUCUUUGAAUCUUGGACAGUUGUAUUUGACAUUGCAUCAAGAAGCAGUAUUGUCGCUCCUGGAAUUCAGCACUAUAAUCCAAGAAGAAAUGGCGAGAUUAAGGGAACAAAAUAGGAGAGAUCGAUAUGCUACAACUAAAAAAACAAUGUCGGUAAUUAGUGAACGCUUUGAGAAUGCACAAAAAGUAGUGGGAGCACAUUCCAAUCGUAAAAAGAAGAGUGCACACGUCGAAACAAUAAAAUUCAAACUGAUCGUUCAUUUGAAUGAGUUGACUUUACAGUUUGAGACUGAUAAGAGUAACAUCUCUUCUUGUUCUGUGCAAGGCAUCAACACAACUAUAAUCUUGAAAGAGAGUUACACGGAAGUUGAAGCAAAGUUGAUGGAUGUUGUCAUUAUAGAUCUGGAUCCUAAUACUCUCCAUCCGUUGAUAUUGUCAGGUUCUGAUGACAUAGCCUUGACAUUACAGCUGGUUAUGUACAACCUGACUAAUGAACAGGAUAAACCAGAUAUGGACGUUGAUGUAAAAGUUGGCGGAUCCAGAAUAGUUUUCUUGAAUAAGUUCAUUACCAGCUUACUCGGCUUCCUGAAUCAAUUCCAAGAUGCUCAGAAAGCCAUUAUUGAGGCAUCUCAGGCUGCUGCUGAAACCGCUAAAGAAAAUAUGAAAGACGUUUACGAUAAAGCGACAAAAAUUUCACUUUCUGUCCAAGUUAAAGCUCCUGACAUCAUAGUGCCAAUGAAUUCAAAGAGUUACGAUGCUAUGUCUUUAGAUUUGGGAACCAUCAAAUUACUCAAUCAUUUCAUUACGCUGGAAGCCAAAAAUGAUGAGAACUACCAUGCCAUAGUAGAUAACUUGAAGAUUAGUCUCACAGACUUGAAAAUUACAAGAAUAAAAAUUGGUCCGAAACAUGAUGUUGCGAAUGAGUGUAACCUUCUGGAACCUGUUACUUUCAACCUCAACGUCAAGAGGAAUUUAUCAUUAUCCUGGUAUAAGGAUAUACCUGACCUGGACAUUUCUGGUGACAUUAAGAUGAUUAGGUUGAAACUCGGUCAGAUUGAUUACCAGUUAUUGAUGAGUAUUUUGAAUGGAAAUUUGGCUGAGGGAAGGCCUGAGAAAGGAACUGAUACAAAAGCAUCUGAAAUGAUAGAGGAUACACAUGGACAAAAACUAGCUGCAACAUCGAACGUAUGCGCUCAGGUUGAACACGUAGCUCAAGACUGGAAAGAUAAAGAAAAGCCGACGGUGUUCAUGAAUUUCACCUUCAAGAUGGACAUCCUCGAAAUAGAUUUAUAUCAAGGCGACAUGAAAACGUUGUCGCCUACAUCUGAGGGUCAAGAAAAAACACAUCUCGGUAGAUUCUCACUAGAAGGGCUCUCAGUCAAAGGUAAGAUUCUGUCAGACGAGUCCUUAGUGACAUCGGUGCUUCUUCUGAACUGCUACCUCGAUGACAUGCGGAAGGGCAAGGAAGCCAAACUGAAUAGGAUGAUCCAAAGGUCGUUUGAUCCAUCGAAGGCAUGUGUCGCAGACGAUGCCAGUGUUAUGAGUACAAGCAGUAAUUUAAGCUACACCGGCCCUGUCAGGAGCAUGUUCGACAUCACGUAUCAGCAGAAACGUAACGAAGCGGCCGGUGAGAAGGAUAAACACGAUGAAAUGUUUGCGGAUGUAAGAAUCUACAGCUUCACACUGAUCCUGUCUGUGGAAUAUCUGAUGAAGAUAGCAGACUUUUUCAACAUGAAAUCCGCAGAAACUGAUGACGCUGCUACUCAAACACAGGGCAGACAGAAUACUUCAUCUGUGACCACAGCAAAGUCCCUACAGUCCACGGGCAGUGCAUCAUCGUACAGCCAACAAGCUGACCAAAAGAAUACCUAUAUGACGAUAAAUUUGAAAUUGGAACAGCCUGAUAUCAUUUUAGUCGAAGAUAUGGAGAGCAUCAAUACGAACUGCAUGAUACUCAACGCCGAAAUAUUGGUGAAACUUCGAAUGGCUGGUGAACAUCAAGUUGUAAAUGGAAUGAUAAGUGAUCUGCAGGUAUAUACAUGCAAUUACAACCCAGCUAAACGAGUUCAGACGAGAAACAACGUGUUGCAUCCUGUUACAGUGAGCCUUGCAGGGUCUACACCAGAAGAUAAAGGAUUACAUAUUGAGCUUAUGAUAACUGAUGUGCAUCUGAGCGUCUCUCCGUCCACCAUAGAGCUUCUGAAUAGAGUGUUGGUUACUAUGACGAAGGGUGGAUCUAGUGACAAAGAGAAGGAAAUAGAAGAGAUAUAUUAUGAAAACAUAUGGGAACCGAAGUCAUUUGAUGACCCGGAUUUUUGGUUUUUAAAGACAGAGUAUGGGACAGAUGCUUUGGAUCAGCUGAUGCACAGUCAAUCAAUAAUAGAUUCGAGAGCCAAUCAACAAACUAUACUCCAAGAACUGUGCAUUAUCUCAAUACCUACGAUUAUAGUGACAGUUGAAGCUGGUGUAGGUAAUAAGACGCUUCCAAUGCUCAUGCUCGAGACCGGCUUGAAAGGAAGUGUCAAAAAUUGGUCAUCACAGUUGGGGGUCGAGGCAAGUAUGAAGAUGCAAAUGGGUUACUACAACAGUCGACUAGCAUUAUGGGAACCUCUUAUAGAGCCAGUUGAGAAUGUCUGUGGCAAUACCAACAGGCAAGUGAUUACGCCAUGGGAGCUUAAAUUAGAGGUGUCAAUGAACCAGGAACAAGAUGACAACAUGAGUUCAAUGAGCCCCACUGAUUCUGAGGCCGAUAUGCAACUACCUCAACCAUUAAUGGACAUCGACGUUAUGUCAGAGAACAAUCUUGAAUUAACAAUCACCAAGACAUUGUUAGAAGUAUUGACAAACCUAGGAAAAGCGUUCACUGAUGCGGUCAGUCAGAACAAAUUUACAAAUUCCCAUUCUGUUGAAGCAUCUUAUAAAGUCGUGAACGAAAUAGGUGAAGACAUAACCUUACUCUUGGAGGAAAGUGCUUUCAACAUUGUCGGAGGAGGAGACAAACUGGAUAUCAAUAAGUCGCAAGCAGUUCCUUUGGUAGUGAAGCCAAAUUUUGUCGAGAAAAAGACUCUUGAUUUAGGCAAGGAGCUAGUCAAAAAUGCGGAAAAGAAGAAUAAAUUCUUACAUAUUAAGGUGAACAGCAAAAAAUGUGAGCUGGCCCUACCGGUUGUCAGAGCAGACAAAAGAUUUUUCCUACUGAAUUACAGAUCAAGUAGUGGAAGUGACAAUUGGGGGAUUGUGUCCGACGUGAGAGUGGAUGAAGGGAUUACUACAAUAAUCAUAAGAAGUAUAUUACAGGUGAUCAAUCAUUUCAAUACGGCCAUCGACGUCUAUUACAUGACACCCAAAGGCAACAUAUUGGAACUAAUUGGCGUGGUGCAACCAAAUUCACACCUAAACGUGCCCUUGAAAGCGGUUUACAAUCCGACCAACGAGUUGUUCUUUGGUGUAUCUGGAUAUUCAGUCACCAGUUCGCCGUACGUCUGGAAAGAUCUGCAGACCUUCCUAGACAACACGAAAAUACUGAAUUGCCGAAGGAAGAGCGAGGAAUACGGGGAAGAGUUGUUCGUCAUAAAGGCUGUAGGUGAAAUGGAGCAAAUAUAUUAUGAAAACACAGCACGCCAUACAAUGUCAAGCGUUUGCUUCAACAUCCAUCUACGUCCAGCUGUUAUCUUCAAGAAUUGUCUUCCUUUGGACAUAGUAUGUUGCGUCGAUGAAAAAGUUGAGGAAUUUACUGUCAAAGCAGGUGAUAUAUUGCAGCUGCCUAGUGUCACCCCUGGUAGUAACGUCAUUGUCAUUCGAUUGCCAGAUUAUCUGGAAAAGGAAUGGUCGUGUCGCGGAGAGAUCCUCGAAAAGCCUAACGAGUUCACUGUAUGGACUUUUAACAGCUACGAUAGUCCAACGAAAAUGUCAAUGGAUCUUGGGAUGCACAGUUUGGAUAAAAAUGGUUCGUUGGUCAUGUCGCUCUAUUGUCCAUUUUGGAUGUUAAACAAAACCGGGUUGAUGCUGGCUUACAGGAAGUCUAAAAAAACUGAAAAACGUGAUGCCGCUGGAAGUCCAGCUAAGAGCACCGAUGAGAGUAUGAACAUUCUGCAUCACCCUCCAGACUUCAAAGGACCUAUCCUGUUCUCAUUCAGUGCCAAAAACUUUUUCGGAAAGAAAAAAGCUUGUGUGAAAGUUGAAGGUGGAGAAUGGUCGGACAGAUUCUCUCUGGAUACAGCUGGAUCUUCAGGGGUCAUCGCGUGCAAAACUGAAGGGGUCUUUUAUCAGAUAGGCGUGAACAAUCAACUGACAUACAACAGUCUCACAAAGCAAGUUACUUUCACACCAUUCUAUGUGAUAAUCAAUAAUGCUCCAUAUACAAUUGAGUGUCAAGAGAGUGAUCGUCCUGCAGAUCAUUGGACUGUAGUCGGUCCGAAGUCGUGUACAGCCCUCUGGCCUAAGACGGUCAAUGAGGACAAGCUGCUUAGGUUGAGGAUUGAUGGUACUGAUGAGAUUUCUGCACCGUUCUUAUACACUGAGAGUCACAACACCCUUCUCAGAUUGGACAAUAAGUAUGGUGGGAUGAAUGUGGAUAUACAACUGACAGAAGGCUCAGUGUACAUUAAUUUGGCACCUUAUGAUGUUGGUUCCGCCCCUGCGCUUUUGGUUAAUCACACAAGUGUUCCUAUAUGCUAUUGGGAAAAAGAGUCUGUUCAGAAGAGGAUAUUGCUACCAAAACAUUCCAUUUUAUAUACAUGGGAGAAUCCAUCUGGUCCAAGGAUAAUUGCUUGGGAUAGAGGCCACAAAAAAGAGAUUUUCAAUGACCUACGUAAAGAUGGAGGUGGUGAAUUCAGUCCUGAAGAAGACCUCAAUAUCUGCUGGGUUUCCUUCCUAGAUGGAAUGCAGAGGGUUCUGUUGUUUACAGAAAGCAGAUCAAUAGUCACUAGUGCACAAGUAACUAACAUUCUCGAAGUGAUUCAGCAGGAGAUCAACAUGUCAAUACAAGGUGUUGGAAUAUCUUUUGUCAAUAAUGCUACCAGAAAGGAGAUUAUGUAUAUUGGAAUCGCGAGUUCAGGUGUGAUUUGGGAGGUUUGUAAACAUAAUAGUACUAGGUACAAACAGCUCUCUACAAAGGAGUCCACACACAUCGAAGUUGCGUAUCAGGCAUAUCUCGUCAAUUCACUUGACAGUGGCGAUGAGGUAGAGCUAGGCAGAAUAGCAGUGAGUCCAAAAAUGGAAGUAGAUUUCAAAACAGGUCAGAUGUUUAAGCCCCACAAAAGAAAAUUGAGGCGAACGUACCAAACAGGGCUGUGGUUCCAAAUGAAAACUAGUCCUAGUCAGAUGCAAUUACAUGCCAAAGUUAACAAGUUGCAAAUCGACAAUCAGAUGUUUGAUUGCAUUUUCCCUGUAGUUUUAGCUCCAGUACCUCCACCAAGAAGUGUUGCUAUAGAUAGUGGUAUCAAACCCUUCGUAGAAGUGAGUAUAGUGCAGUUGUUGUUGAAAAACAGCCAGAUAAAACAGUACAAGUACUUCAAAAUAUUGGUGCAAGAAUUCCACGUAAAAGUUGACCUAGGAUUUGUAAACGCGGUUCUCGAAUUGUUGCAACAGGAAGAAACAUCCGAAGAAGGAGAGAAAGAGCUCUUCCUGAAGGACAUGACAUUAGUAGAUGAACCACUAUAUUCUCAUGCUUCCUCAAAAUCCAUAGAGCAACAGAAGAAUUUCUUCGAUUUACUACACUUUUCACCCUUCAAAAUCCACCUUAGUUUUUCCAUGGCUGCUGGGUCUUCUGGACAAAAUGCUUCCACACCUACGUUCUUGAAUAUAUUAUUGCAAGGAGUAGGAGUCACUUUGACAGAUCUGCAAGAUGUUAUAUUCAAAUUAGCUUAUUUCGAACGGGACUACACGUUCCUGACGAGAAAUCAACUAAUCAGUGAAACUACUAGUCAUUAUGUAGGGCAGUUUGUUAAGCAGUUAUAUGUACUAGUAUUGGGUCUCGACUUAAUUGGUAAUCCCUAUGGCUUAGUAAUUGGAAUUACAAAAGGUGUUGAGGAUUUGUUCUACGAACCUUUUCAGGGUGCUAUACAAGGCCCUGGCGAAUUUGCCGAAGGUUUAGCUUUAGGCGUGAAAAGUCUGUUUGGUCAUACUGUAGGAGGCACUGCAGGCGCUUUCAGCAGAAUAACUGGUGCUAUGGGAAAAGGCAUAGCUGCUCUAACAUUUGAUGAAGACUUCCAAAGGAAGCGAAGGGAGGCUAUCAACAAAAAACCAGCUACUGUCCAAGAGGGAUUGGCACGAAGCGGUAAAGGAUUGGUUAUGGGUGUGUAUUCUGGGCUGACAGGUGUAUUUACAAAACCAGUGACUGGUGCCAAAGAGCAAGGAGUGGAAGGUUUUUUCAAGGGAUUAGGCAAAGGUGCAGUUGGCCUAGUUACGCGACCUGUUGCGGGAGUUGUUGAUUUCGCAAGUGGAUCAUUGGAAGCUGUCAAAAGGUAAUAAAUAUAUUAACUGACAAGUUGGUAAAAAGUUUCGAGCUACGAGGAUGUAUACGUUUUGCUAGCGCUGGAUAAGGUAAUAUUUCUUUGGUUAUAUUGUGGAGUGGUGAUAAUAUUGCAAAUCUCUUUGUCCUCUACAAUGUAUAUGCCUCAACGCAACUAAUAGAAACUUUUUAACAAGGAAUAACUUUUUAUUACCUUGAAAAUAAUUUUUUAUUUAUUUUGAAUGCCUAGACACUAAACAUCCAAUGUGAUUAUUUUAUACUGAACUAUUAAUCUUAUAGCAGAGAAACGUUCAGGAUUUUUUUUCACAAGUUCUAUUAAUUUGUCAAUAAAAUAUUGCAAAAGAAACAUGUAUGAUCAUUGGACCAUAUAUUUAUGGGUUUUCGAUUUGCUAGCGAUUUUAUACUUUUGAUUUUGAAGCCAAAAUCAAAACUGUUUUGUUGUAUCCAUUAUCGAUUCACGAAAAAAAUCAAUACCGUUUUAGAAUUUGUACAAUGUAUGACCUUUUUAAAUACCUAAACACCCGAAAUGCAUUGUGAUAAUUUCAUACUGUCACAGCCAUUUGAUGCUGCACAUGGUUUCUAACUUCUGUCAGGUAUCAAUCUUACAGUAGAGAUAAUUUUUCUCUCCAAUUAAUGUUAGCGGCCUGUUUACUUCACUUAGAAGGUAUAAUUUUGGAAGAAUUAACCAAUUAACAUAUAUCACAAGCAAAUAUUUUAAUUUUUCGGCCCAUUUUCAUAUCAAGUUUACUUAUCGUGUACGUGGUCUAGUCGCAGGUGAAAGGUGGUUGAAGAUUUACAGGACACCCUGUAUAAUUGAAAUUUUUUCCAGAGUAACUGAAUCAGGUGAAGAGGCCACUCGUCUUCGUCCUCCCAGAUUCCUCCAUAACGAUGGUCUAGUUAGGCCAUACGACCGCCGUGAGGCAGAGGGCAACCGGUUGUUAAUGGAAAUCUCCAAGGGGAAAUACGCUACCACUGACGUGUACGUGAUGCAUUACGUCAUUGUUCCGGACAAGGAAAUGGUACUGCUGUCGGAUAGGAGGUUGGCGUAUAUUGUGAAAAAUGAUCUGUUUGGAGGCUGGCAGGUGGAAUGGUCGUACACCUGGGACGAAAUCCCAGAACCCGCCAAAGUUGUAACCAAAGGGGUGUUAAUAGCUACCUCAAAAGAGAAAAAGAAGCUGUUUGGCACUAAUGGUAGCUCUAAACUCAUACUACUUAAUAAUCCUGAACAAAAGGAGGACUUGUGUGUUAAAAUUGAGUCUAUGAGACGUCUUUCACAAUAAAUGCACUUAAUUGUUAGCCACUUUACAUUUUUACAGAGAAUUUCUAUUUUAAUGCUAUCAAUAGAAAUUGCGAUCUAACAAAUGUUGCAGAGUUGCUUUAUUGAUAAUUUAAAGAGAUACGAGUAUAUAGCUUUAGCUUGAUGUACAAAAAUGGAGUAUUUGAUGAAUAUUUUUAGAAAUUGUCAUGUACAAAAGUAACGUACUAGUUUCAGAUAUUCUUAAAUAUUUACUAUCUUAUCUCACCAUCACACUUGUAUAAUUAUUCCUUAAUAUUGCAUCUUUACUGGUAUUGUAAAAGGAUUUACACGUUUUUUUGCUAUGAGUAUUUGCUAUUUGUUGGUGAAUAAAAUAUCUUUUGUUA